CCCCCAUAGGGCCAUAAACGCAGAUAGGAAAAAGCUCAAAAAUCAAGCCGAAAUAAUGGGGAAAACGAAGAAAGAGCUGCUGGCAUCAGCACCAUGGAGGGCGGGGCCAGAAGAAAGCGAUGAGAAAUUCAAAGAUGCGAGAAUGAAGGUGACGUCACAGCCGGGGGCAACACCCACUAUGCACGUUCCUGGUAAGAAGAAUUACUCCAACAACGGAGACCUCGGAGAAGACUCUCUCACUGAAAUCGAUCCUGAAUUGCGCUACAGCUUCCAGCGCAAUUUCCAGUUUCUCCAACAAGUUUUUAGCAUCGACACAGUUGUGAAACCUCUCCCACCUGUAAUGGCGUACAAUGUUUCUCGCAAUUUGACCUUCUUCACUAGGAUUUUCACACAGUUCUUUGAUCCUGAUGGUAUAGCAGAUGCACAGAAGUCACUUGGAUUGGGGCAGGAAGAAAAAGUUCGUAAUGUCCGUUAAUUUCAACAAGAUUAGCAGUUUUUUUUCGUUGAAUCGGGACUUUCUGUAUUUGGUUAAUGACUCAAUGAUACUAUGGAUUCAGAUUUCAGGAAUCAAUAUAAUUGUUGGUAUACUUUUGCCUUCUAUUA